UGAGCCAGAGGAACCCGGUGUCAUGCGGUGGCGGAGACGAGGCAGCGCCGCAGCGGUCCAUCGUGCGGGAGAGAGAUUUCUUCCCGACUCCCCACGCUCUCCUCCAAGCCAAUCCCUCCUUACCCGUCCACGGUUUUUUUUUACUCGAAUCGCGGAGAAGUCCCGAGGUCAGGGUUUCCUGAUUCUACUUGGAUUAGGAUCUGAUGUCGGCAUGGGGUCCUGCGCGCGGAGCUAGCGGCUUGCGUGAAUCCGGAUCCGGAGCUGCUGGUGGUGAGGAUGAUGGCGAGAGGCGACAGAGCGUUCGACCCUGCGUUCCUCCUCUGACCAUCGUCAUCGGGGGAGAUGCCAUGGUGGUGGAGAAAACAGGAGAUGCCAUGGUGUGUGAGAAAACAGGCGCAUGGACGGGUACGAAGAAGGCAAAGGUCCAAUGCGCACCUACUUCUGAGGGUGUCGACAUGACUGCUCCUGUGAUCAGCACACCAGAACAAGGAGUUGAAGGCUUUGAUUGGAAGCAGGUCGAAGGCUUUGAUUGGACCUAUGCUGAUGUCAAGGAGGAAGUCGAUUCCUUUCAAAAGUACCGCGGCCUUCCUAACUUAGAUGAUGACUUUUGGAUUUUAAAUGAUGACCAACAGACUGAAGAACUCCGAAAACGCCUCGCCAUAUGUCACAUCAGAGCUCACAAGGGAGCUGGGCUGAACGAUGCACAGUUGCUGUCCAUUCUCGAACAAGAUGGGCCUUUCCGACCUUACGAGCAUCCUCCCAAGUGGAUGUUCGACGUCGAACGCUUCAAGAUUUCUGGAUUCCAGGACUACCAGCGUCUCAUUCCCGUCGAAAGUUAUGAUUACCACGACUGGUCUCAUUAUUACAAUGCCUUUAGUACACUUGAGAGUGAUCAACAAUUUGUCUGCUUGUGGGAAAAGCUAUUUGAUAAAACCAAGUGGCUUCAACAUUGCCACAAACUCACACGGCAAGAGUGGAGGAUAGUGGACCGUGUGACCUUCUAUCACGCAGCGAAGAUUAAAGCAGAUUACCCCCAAAUUUAUUCGAUGUUACUUAUUGAUUUCACAAGUGUAAUAAUCCUAUCUCCUCGACAUAUUAAUGUGUUGGAUAUUGCAAGCUGAGCUAGAAAGGGAUAAUUAUAAAACAUGUGUGGAUGCCAUAGAUAAAAAUCUUGAAGAAGGUGAAGCUUAUUGGUUGAUCGUGGAGGCUGUCAGAAAACUUGUUCUAAGGCUCAAGACCUAUUAUGAAUAUGCCAAAAACAAGUUGGAUAUUGCAGACAAAAUGGGUUUGAUCCGCCCCAGCCCCCACACAAGCUGAUGGUGAACCACAUGCAGAUUGUCCUAAUGUUUCUAUUAAAAGAGGAAAAUUCAAAUGUCCGUGCUAUGAAAACGAUGUAUACCUUGAAUCAUAAGAAUAUCUCAAUGAAAGCUGUUUGUCCAAAGAUCACAGAUCAUGAAUUUUUAGUAUUCACCGAUGAAUGUAUUGGAAGUAAAGUUAAAUGGAUUUGGACUAAGUACUGUACUGGUUAUGGACACAUUCCCUCAAAUACUUUUCUAACAAUUGUAAGGUAAUAAAUCUUUCUUAGUUCUAAUGAAUAAUUAAUUUGUUUUUUUA